GCCUAGGAACAUUUGACUUUACCAGCACAUUUAUAAAAGUGGUACAACUUAUCCCUUUAUCGCUUGUUUCUCCUAAAGUCCGUACUCUGCGCUUAAUCAGCAUGCAGGUCGAAAGUCUCAAAAACCUUCAAACCAAAAUUAGAAGUGAUGAAAGAAAUCACUCACUAACAAAAAAACACCUAACUGAUGACAUUGUCAACAAAUAUCAAUCGACAAAAACAAGCUUGGGUGGGACUCUCGCCCAAUGUGUGAAUACAAAUGCUCACAACCCUGGAGCUCUGUUGCCAAGAGCAUGCGAUUUGAAUGCUUACGAAACCUUCAGAGACUUUUUCGAUGCUGUGAUUGCUGAUUACCAUAAGGUGCCAGGUGGUAAAAUACAACAUCCUAAGUCAAACUUUGGUGAUUUCAAGAAUCUAUCGUUUUCGGAUUUGAAUACUUACGGAAACUUAGUUGUAUCGACUAGAGUUCGCCUAGGCAGAACAGUUGAAGGAUUUGGUUUUGGUCCAACCUUAACCAAAGAGUCUCGAAUUGAGCUGGAAAAGAAAAUCUCCACUGCUCUAACCAACCUAUCUGGUGAAUAUGCAGGGACUUAUUACCCAUUAACGGGAAUGUCAGAAGAAGAUAGAGUCAAACUAGUGAACGAUCAUUUUCUUUUCAGAAACGAUGACAGUGUUCUAAGAGAUGCUGGUGGAUACAUUGACUGGCCAACAGGUCGUGGUAUAUUCAUAAACAAAGAAAAGAACUUUUUGGUCUGGAUCAACGAAGAGGAUCACAUUCGCGUCAUUUCAAUGCAAAAGGGUGGUGAUCUAGUUGCAGUCUAUAAACGACUGGCUGGUGCAAUAGAAGAACUUUCCAAGACACUGAAGUUCUCGGUCAGUGAUCGCUUCGGGUUUAUCACGUUCUGUCCAUCUAAUUUGGGUACUACUCUAAGAGCCAGUGUACAUGCGAAAAUCCCUUUGCUUGCCUCAUUACCGAAUUUCAAGGAAAUUUGUGAAAAACAUGGUAUACAACCUCGUGGUACUCAUGGAGAACAUACUGAGUCAGUUGGUGGUAUUUAUGAUUUGAGCAAUAAACGUCGUCUUGGUCUUACUGAGAUGGAUGCUGUUACAGAAAUGCAUUCUGGUGUUCGAGCCUUGCUUGAACUUGAAGUUAUGUUACAAGAAUACAACAAGGGAGCUCCAGAGGGUGUUAUGGCAGUUGAACCACUAACUUAUCUGGCCAAACUGCUAGAAGGUGCUCCGAUUGAAAAAUGUUAUACUCGCAAAUAUUUGACACCUGAAAUAAUCAAAAAAUAUGAUGGAAAACGAACAACUCACGGUGCUACCCUCGCGCACAUGAUACGUAAUUGUGCAUACAACAAUCGUUCAAUAUGUCCACGAACCGGUGAAGCUGAAUGUUACUCGACGUUCAUUGAUUACUUGGAUCCAUUGAUCUGUGAUUAUCACAGUGUGAAAGAUCCUGCAUUUAAACAUCCUGCGCCUACAUUUGGUGAUUUGUCAAAACUUCCAUUUGGUAACCUAGAUCCAUCUGGUAAAUUUAUUGUCUCUACACGUGUCCGUGUUGGUCGUAGUGUUGAAGGCUUUUUGUUCCCAACAAUUAUGAGCAAAAAUGAUCGUAUAAAAUUAGAGCAAGUUAUUUCCGGCGCAUUGAAAGGACUUACUGGAGAACAUGCUGGGACUUACUAUCCAUUAACUAAUAUGAAAGAGGAAGAUAGAAAACAACUGGUGGAAGACCAUUUCUUGUUUAAAAAUGACGAUCCUGUUUUACGUGAUGCCGGCGGAUAUCGUGAUUGGCCUGUUGGACGUGGAAUUUUCCAUAAUAAUUCAAAGACUUUUCUUGUAUGGGUUUGCGAAGAAGAUCACAUGAGAAUUAUCUCAAUGCAACAAGGCGGAGACUUAGCUGCUGUUUAUAAGCGCUUAAUUGAGGGAAUUAAUGCCAUCGGAAAGAGUAUGAAGUUUGCACACAGUGAGAAAUAUGGUUACAUAACUUGUUGUCCAUCAAACUUGGGCACAUCAAUGCGUGCCAGCGUAUUAUUAAAGAUACCAAAACUUAGUGCUCAACAGAAGAAACUGGAUGAGAUUUGUGCAAAGUACAUGCUUCAAGCAAGAGGUCUCUACGGUGAACACACUGAAUCACCUGAUGGUACAUAUGAUAUCAGUAAUAAACGUCGCCUUGGUUUAACUGAAUUACAAGCAGCUCAUGAAAUGGCAGAAGGUGUUGCAAAAAUGAUUGAAAUUGAAAAAGGAUUAUAAAUAAUGCAUAACUUCAUUUAGACAAUAGUUUCCUUUGUUAGAUCAAUGGUCAUUUACUACUGUACUAUCCUGUUGUCACAAAUUUUUUUUUACCUCCCUGUUUUCCUUUCACCUUUUAUUUUUCAGAUGUUUAAAUAUUAGUGUUUUUUUAGUCUGAAUAAAGGAAUUUAUUAUGAAUUAUGCAUUUCAGUUUGGUAAUUGUUCAUAAUACCUAAUAAGUUGGUUGAUAUUGUCAAAGUAGAUUUUGAAAUUGUACGAAUAGUUCCCGAAGAGUUUCAAAUGUAUUCGAUUUUAUAAAUCAUGAGUCAGCAUAUUGUGAUUUGAAUAUUUUUUAAACAUUGUGAGAGCAUUGUCAAACAAUACAUUCACUGAAG